ACAAAGCCGGACGUUACCAGCAGGUAUUUGAACGCAUCACAAGUGCAUUUCUCGCACCUACUGACAAUUCCAAGGAAGAAAAUGCCGAAAACUUCUAGUAUGACAACAACGCUGUCAGCUGUGAACCAAAGCAGAUGACAUUCCGAGAUAGCCAUACCUGCUCUAGAUGCUCUCAUGUGCAUUCAUGGACUCUCGUAAUAAUUUCUAUGAAACUGACAGUUUCUCAUUGUAAACUAAUCUAACUGAUAAGAAGCUGCAGGAAACUUCAAGCAUGUUUCACCUAAUUAAGAAAGACAAGGAGAAGGAGAAGGACCUGGGCAAGAAGGAGAAGAAAGACAAGAAGGACAAGAAGGAACGUAUGUCCCAGGCAGAGCUGAAGAGCCUGGAGGAGAUGAGCAUACGUAGAGGCUUCUUCAACAUAAAUCGAGGGAGCUCAAAGAGAGACUCUAGGAACAAGCUAGAGAUCUCGAGCCCUAUUCCAAUUAAGGUGGCCAGCAAUGCGGAGCUUUGUCUCACAGACCUGGAGGCCGAGCACCUUCCCAACGCCGUGGAGCAGAAUGUGGGCCAAAUGAGUGCAAGCACCUCCGGUGAAGACGUGAAGGGAAAUGAACUGGAGGUCCACCGCAGCUCUGUGAAGGAGAGAGCAGCUAAGUUUGGGGAGCUGGCCAAGUUGAAUUCCAUAGCAGGCCAGAGGAAAGUAAGUUUUUCCCAGAGCAGCAAAGAAGGCAAUGCUUUGGAGGCUUCCAAUCCUUCUGGGCACAUCUGGACUUCUUCAAAGGCCCACCCCAACCCCAAAGGCAGGAUCAUGGUUCACAUUCCCGAGAUGGUGGAGAAGACCUACCCUGGAGCAGACCUGCAGUUGCCUGUGAUUGUUGCUCCGCCGAUCCCAGAUCCAAGAGAGCUGGAGGUACAGCGGCGCAACACUGGAGAUUUUGGCUUCUCUUUGCGUAGGACCACCAUGAUCGACAGGCAGCCUGACGGAGGAGUGUGCCGGCGCGUGGUGCAUUUUGCCGAACCGGGGGCUGGGAGCAAGGACCGGGCUGUGGGCCUGGUGCCAGGAGACAGGCUGGUGGAAAUCAAUGGGAUCAACGUGGAGAACAAAAACAGGGAUGAAAUCGUGGAGAUGAUCCGUCAGUCUGGAGAGUCAGUGCGGUUGAAAGUGCAGCCGAUCUUGGAGCUGAGUGAGCUGAACCGCUGUUGGCUGAGGAGCACUCAAGGCCUGCACAAAGACGCCUUUGAUUCCAAGGUUGCCGAAGACCCUGUGGCGUUCCUUCAGGCAGCGCAUUCAGCUGCAGCCAAGGGAAAGACUGAGGAGCAGAUAGCAGCAGAGAGAGUCUGGUAUAAUACGGAAAAAGUAUGGCUUGUUCACAAGGAUGGAUUUUCCUUGGCGACUCUCCUGAAGACACAGACAGGCAGCCUGCCAGAGGGGAAGGUGAAAAUCCGCCUGGAGAGUGAUGGAUCUUUAUUGGAUGUGGAUGAAGAUGAUGUGGAGAAGGCAAACCCUCCCUUGUUUGACCGACUGGAGGACCUGGCCUCGCUGCAGUAUCUGAAUGAGUCGAGCGUGAUGCACUCUCUGCGGCAGCGCUAUGGCAGUAACCUGGUGCACACCCACGCUGGGCCCAACAUGGUGGUCAUUAACCCCAUUAGUGCUCCCUCAAUGUAUUCUGAGAAGGUGAUGCAAAUGUUCAAGGGCUGCAGAAGGGAGGAUGCUGCCCCUCACAUUUACAGCAUGGCACAAGCUGCCUAUAGAAACCUUCUGACCACUCGCCAGGAUCAAUCCAUUGUCUUGCUGGGCAAGAGUGGAAGUGGCAAAACCACCAACUGCCAACACAUUAUCCAGUAUCUGAUAACCAUCGCUGGAAGCACCAACAAAACCUUCUCUACGGAGAAAUGGCAGGCUGUCUAUUCGGUUUUGGAGGCUUUUGGAAAUGCCUCCACCUGUAUGAAUGGGAAUGCUAGUCGCUUCUCGCAUAUUGUUUCACUGGACUUCGACCAGGCGGGCCUGGUGACCUCAGCCUCUAUCCAGACCAUGCUCCUAGAGAAGAUGAGAGUGACAAGAAGACCAGAGGGGGAGUCCACUUUUAAUGUCUUUUACUACCUGAUGGCUGGAGUAGAUAGCUCUCUUAGAACUGAGCUGCACCUCAAUCACUUCGCAGAAAACAAUGCAUUUGGAAUCACAGCACAGACUAAGACAGAGGAUAAGCAGCGGGCCUCCCAGCAGUUUUCCAAGCUGCAAGCAGCCAUGAAGGUUCUGGGAAUCAGUGCUGAUGAGCAAAGGGCCCUCUGGCUUGUCCUUGGGGCCAUCUACCAUCUUGGGGCUGCAGGAGCAACCAAGGCUGGCAGGAAACAAUUUGCACGUCAUGAGUGGGCCCAGAAGGCAGCAUACCUGCUGGGCUGCACCCUGGAGGAGCUCUCCUCCUCCAUCUUCAAGCACCAGGCCAAGGGCACCCUGCCCAGAGCCAGCACCAUCCGCCAGGCUCCUGACGAAAAUGGCACGGCAGAUGCAGGAUCCAAAGCUACAGCCAUGGAGUGUUUAGAGGCUAUGGCAUCUGGGCUUUACUCUGAAAUCUUCACUAUCCUCAUUUCUCUAAUAAACCGGGCCUUGAAAUCCAGCCAGCACUCCCUGUGCUCGCUGCUCAUAGUGGACACACCAGGCUUUCAAAACCCCAGGCUGGCGAAGCGCGAGUGCGGCGCGACCUUUGAGGACCUUUGCCACAACUACACUCAAGAACGUCUGCAGACUCUCUUCUACCAGCGUACCUUUGUUCAGGAGCUGGAGAGAUACAAAGAGGAGAACAUCGAGCUUUCUUUAGACGACACAGACCCGAGCACAUCUCUGUCUGUAGCAGUGGUAGACCAGGCCUCGAGCCAAGCACUGGUCCGGACAGUUCGAACAGAUGAGGCCCGAGGCCUGCUGUGGCUGAUGGAAGAGGAGGCGCUACAGCCUGCAGGAUCAGAGGAAACACUGUUGGGACGUCUCUUUAGCUACUAUGGACCCGCUGAGGGCGAGAGUAAAGGUCACACUUUCCUGUUAAAGAGUGAAAAAGAGAAUCAUUUCCUGCUUGGCCAUGGUCAUGGGACUGACUGGGUGGAAUAUGAUGUCCGCGGGUGGCUGAACUACGCCAAGCAGAAUCCUGCCUCCACCAACGCUGCAAGCCUCCUGCAGGACUCCCAGAAGAAGAUCAUCAGCUCACUGUUCAUGAGCCGAGCAGGUGGAGCCACUGUUUUGUCGGGUUCCAUCGCAGGCCUUGAAGGUGUUUCCCAGCUGUCUUUGCGGCGAGCUACUAGUAUGAGAAAGACUUUCACCACAGGGGUGGCUGCUAUCAAGAAGAAGUCCUUAUGCAUCCAGAUCAAGCUUCAAGUGGAUGCUCUCCUCGACAUGGUGCGGAGAUCCAGGAUUCAAUUUGUUCACUGCAUACUGCCAGGCGGAUGCCCUGAAGGCUCUGAGUGGAUCCCUGUUCAAAGGAGGGGAAUGUGAGGCUCAAGGGGAGAGUGGAGAUCCGGCUUAAUGCAGCUAGAUGUAGCACUGCUCCGUGCUCAGAUACGUGGAUCCAAGCUGCUCGAUGCUCUACGGAUCUACAGGCAAGGCUACCCUGAUCACAUGGUGUUCUCUGAGUUUCGGCGGCGCUUCGAUGUGCUGGCACCGCACCUCACCAAGAAGCACGGGAGGAAUUACAUCGUGAAGGACGAGCAGAGAGCUGUGGAAGCUUUGGAGUCCUUGGAUUUGGAGAAAAGCAGCUACCACAUGGGUCUGAGCAGGUUGUUCUUCAGAGCCGGCACCUUGGCUAAGCUGGAGGAGCAGAGGGAUGAGCAGACCAAGCGCAAUCUAACCUUGUUCCAAGCUGCCUGUAGAGGUUACCUGGCUCGACAAGCCUUCAAGAAAAGAAAGAUUCAGGAUCUGGCAAUCCGGUGCAUCCAGAAAAACAUUAAGAAGAACCGCGGUGUGAAGGACUGGCCAUGGUGGAAGGUCUUCACCACAGUGCAGCCCCUCAUUAAAGUCCAGCUAACGGAGGAUCAAAUGCGCAGCAAAGACGAGGAGAUACAACUGCAGAAAGUGAAGCUCGAGAGGGUGGAGAAAGAGCGCAAUGAGCUGAGACUGAACACGGAUCGAUUGGAGAGCAAGAUUGCUGAGUUGUUGGCAGAACUUGCUGAUGAGAGAAGCACUAGUGAGUCAGCAUCCCAGUUGCUGGAAACUGAGACCUCAGAGAGACUGCGCCUGGAGAAGGACAUGAAGGAUCUACAGGUGAAGUUUGACGCCAUGAAGAAGCAGUUAGAAUCACAGGAGAUGGAGGUGAUGGAAGCGCGGCUCAUGAAAUCGUCAGAGCUCAACGGGGAGAUGGAUGAUGAUGAUGAUGCUGGAGGCGAGUGGCGGAUAAAAUACAAUCGAGCCAUUCGUGAAAUGGAAUUCACCAAAAAGAAACUCCAGCAGGAGUUUGAUGACAAGCUUGAGACAGAGCAGCAAAGCAAAAGACAACUUGAGAGAAAGCUGACUGAUUUGCAGACAGAUAAUGAGGAUGUGCAGCGCUCUGUGCAGCAGCUGAAGAAGAAGUGCCAGAAACUGACUGCCGAGCUGCAGGACACCAAGCUUCAUCUGGAGGGCCUACAGAGCCGCAACCACGAUCUGGAGAAGAAACAGAGAAAGUUUGACCUGGAGCAGAACCAGGCUCAGGCUGAGGUACAAAGAGAGAGGAGCCAGAGGGAGAAGCUGGCUCGAGAGAAAGACAUAAUGACUGGUGAGAUGUUUAACCUCCGCCAGCAGCUGCAGGACAAGGACACCGAAUUGUGCGCCGUAAAUGUAAAGGUGCAGCAGCUGGAGGCAGAGCUACAGGAUCUGUCGUCCCAGGAGUCCAAGGAUGAGGCCUCGCUGGCCAAGGUCAAGAAGCAGCUUCGUGACCUCGAAGCCAAGGUGAAAGACCAGGAGGAGGAGCUGGACGAACAGGCUGGAACCAUCCAAAUGCUGGAGCAGGCCAAACUGCGCCUUGAGAUGGAGAUGGAGAGGCAGAGGCAGACCCACUCUAAAGACGUUGAGAGCAGGAAUGAAGAGGUAGAAGAGAUCAGGCGGUCCUGCAGUAAGAAGCUGAAGCAGAUGGAGGUGCAGCUGGAGGAGGAGUACGAAGACAAGCAGAAGGUGUUGCGUGAGAGAAGAGAUCUGGAGUCCAAACUGCUGAAUGCCCAGGACCAGGUGAGCCAGAGGGAUGUGGAGACAGAGAAGAGGCUGAAGAAAGACUUGAAGAGAACCAAAGUCCUCCUGGCCGACGCACAGAUUAUGUUGGACCACCUGAAGAGUAAUGCCCCGAGCAAAAGGGAGAUUGCCCAGCUCAAAAAUCAACUGGAGGAGUCGGAGUUCACCUGUGCAGCAGCAGUGAAGGCUCGAAAGGGCAUGGAGAUUGAAAUAGAGGACUUGCAUAUCCAAAUGGAGGAUGUGGCCAAAACAAAGAUGUCGUUGGACGAGCAAGUCAGCCGGCUGCAGAGAGAGAAGAACGACCUGCAGUCCCGCAUGGAGGAGGAUCAGGAGGACCUGAAUGAGCUGAUGAAGAAACACAAGGCUGCUGUUGCCCAGUCUGCCAGGGACUUGAGCCAGAUCAGUGACCUGCAGGCCCAGCUGGAAGAAGCCACAAAAGAGAAGCAGGAGAUCCAAGAAAAGCUUCAUUCGCUGCAGAGCCAGUUAGAGUUCCAGGAACAGUCCAUGGUGGAGAAGUCGCUUGUGAGCCGUCAGGAGGCCAAGAUCCGUGAGCUGGAGACCAAGCUGGAGUAUGAGAGGACGCAGAUCAAGCGCUUGGAGAGUCUGGUGGGUCGUCUGAAGGAGAACCUCGAAAAGAUGACAGAAGAGAGAAACCAACGCAUCGCUGCAGAAAACAGGGAGAAAGACCAGAAUAAGCGCAUGCAGAGGCAAAUGAGGGACAUAAAGGAAGAAAUGGCAGAACUGUCCAAGAAGGAGGGUGAGGCAAGCCGCAAGAAGCACGAGCUGGAAAUGGACAUCGAGAGCUUAGAGGCGGCAAAUCAGAGCUUACAAGUGGACCUCAAGCUGGCCUUCAAGAGGAUAGGGGACCUGCAGGCUGCCAUUGAGGACGAGAUGGAGAGUGAUGACAAUGACGACUUAAUCAACAGUGGGGAGGACACAGAAACAGAUUCGGAGGUGGAGGACCGUGUGGAUGGAGUUAAGUCUUGGCUUUCGAAGAACAAAGGCUCCACCAAGACCCUGUCAGAUGAGGGAAGUCUAAAGAGCACCAGCCCUCCUGUGUACCGGAGACACCUGAGUCUUGGCAGAUCUGAUGAAGAGGAUGAGGUGGACAGAGACUCCAGCAGGCAGCCGCUGAGGCAGAGCGACAGCGAAGGCUUAUUGGCAGAGAGCUCGUCGUAACACACAGCCAGGCAACUUGAUCCUUCUGACAGCAAUCACACAGGAGGGACGCGAUUCUUUCCCUCUGGCUUUAUUACCACGUUCAGUCAGCAGAGACAUGCGAAGAGCGCUCUUUUUAGCCUGGACACUUCAUCAUACUUUACUUAUAUGGUGCACCCAUUCGCAUCCUGGAGUGAUUUUUGCUUCUGAACUGGGCUUCAUCUUUUAAGUUUUAUUUGAUGCAACAUAUUAAAAAGUCAGUCACAUAGAACAGUAAAGUUCAGCACUAUCACAAGACCUUUCUGCCGCUGCUUUAUUUGUAGAAGCUGCUUUUCAGGCAAAUUUAAGCACCCCUCUGCACUCUCCUCUGACUAUUCAGAUAGCUCUGCCAAGAGGAUUUAGAUAAGCCUGCUGUGGCUGGACUUAUUCAGGAAGGUCUGACCAACUAUUAAGAUUAUUCUUAUCUCUUCCCCAUUAGCGUGGACUACUGAGAUGGGAGGAAUUAACCUAUUUUAAAUUGAUUAUCUUGCUGUAAGUUUACAUGUGGCUGUUGUUGUAAGUUGAGAUCUUUAUCGUUUAAAAGAACUGAUGCCAGGUCACGAUUUAAAGUGAGGUCAUUUUUGGAAAUAAAUUAUACAUCUGAACUAAGCCGUUAGAUAUUUAAGGGUGACUCCUGGUUUAUAUUUCAAAUGCUGAGAAUGGAUUUAAAUUUUGAUCUAAAAGUGUAUAUAUAUAUAUAUAUAUAAAUAUCUAUUAAUAUAUGUGGAAUCAAAGGCUUUACAUGCUAUUGAAAUGAAAUAAGAUUUCUAAAGCUAGUAAGAGAAGUAUUUUAAGAUAAAGUUAAUGUCAUAUUUCUGUUUUGUUCUUAUCUUAAGUGGAGUGCAUGCCAGAAUGCUUUGAGUUGUCAUAUUUCUUCAAGUUCAAAGAGAACGCAUUUAUUUGCUGUUAUAAAGGCACUUUCCAUAGAGCUUUUUAGAUCUUGCAGAUUCUCCGAUACAGAAAUGAAAAAUGGUUUAUAAAGAAGCAUAAACACUUUGUAGUGUGUAUGACAAAUUAUAGCUCCUUUAAAUGUUGUAUCCUGCAAAAUAACCUUCUCACUUUUGGAUAUGCAGUAUAAUAAGACUCCUUUGAUGUUUCAGUUGCAGGAAUUGCUGCGUACAGUGCAGAUUGUCUUGAGUUGAGGGAUUUUUUUGGCCAUAUUGGUUCCAGCAGUAAAAGAAUUACAUAGUUUUUGGUACAGUAUGGUGUUGCUAUUUCAAGGUGCCAAAAUAUCAGCAUAUGGAGAUCAGAUGUCAGGUAACAAAUGUUUGCUUAUUAGCAAAGUUUGGUUCUGAACUAUUAGAGCAGCCUCAAAGUCAUAUGGUGAUGCAGAGUUGCAUAAAGAGAACCACUUUUUAAAGCAAUAAAAUGUUAGUUCUGUUACGGUCUAUUUUUCGGGGAGUAUUUUCGUUGUCAGAGCCUUAUUUAUUUCCACAUUUAGCCACCGGUGUUCUUUAACUGUACCUCUAAAAUACUGCCAAAAAUACCCAGAAAUUAAAGCCAGUCUGCUCUUAUUAUUCAGUAUUUUCGUGUAAUUUCAGACCCAAAGUAGUGAGACUGUAUUGCUCAUCAUCCAGACACAUAUGAAAGUCGCUGAAUAUUCUAUAAUUGGCCUUGGAGAAUGAUAAUGAUUUCCAGAGAUGAUUAUAACCUAAUGAAUUUUCAACUCUAUUUAAAAUAUUUUGAGGUAGAUUUGAAUAAGGACGCUUAUAUAUGUAUGUGCAUGUGAACUGUCUCUUCUCGUGCAAAGUGUCUGGGUUGCUAUUUGCAUAUCUGCUCACAAAAGGCUAAUCUGCAUUUCAUGUCUCAUUUUCUCAGUUUUUUUUUCUUUCCUCAGACAUGAAUAUUAAUGUGGAACACACAGAACUUUGAUGUCAGUGAUUCAGAAUAGAUGUGUUAAAUGAAAAAAAACCACACAUAUUGCAAGUUUCAUUGCCUCUAAGUUUGAUGCUUUGUACGUUUGUCCACUUCAUCAUAUCUUUUACAAUGCUUGUCUAUUUUCAUUACUGAGCACUUGUUAUAUGAGUGAUUUGGAGUUUGUCUUCUUUCUUUUUUUAGCAAAUAAAUGCAGCUGUUUGUUUACAGAA